GCUGUAAAAAAAAAAAAAACCUAUCAUUGCUUAAUUCCUCCUUCAAUACUUCCGAAGAUCGAAGAUUUGCGUUUCGUUUUCUGUCUGUUUCCUUGAAGCAGAUCCAAAUCUCUCUUUCGAGGCGCUGGUUUAGGAUUUUCGCUUGAAAAGCCGUGGGUUUCGUCGAUUUUCGAUCCGAUUAAAGGUAUAAGUUCAUUCAAGAAGAUAAAGAACCAAUAUUGUUAAUUGGUGCUUGCUUGAGAAAUGAGGGGAUACCAUAGAGAAGAAGUUGAAGAUUAUGAUGAUUAUGACAUGGAAGGGGAAUAUCAAGAUGAGGAUGUUAUGGAAGAAGAUGGGGAGGAAUAUGAGGAAGAGGAAGAGGAAGAGCAAGAAGAAACCCGACAGCCUACACAAGAAGAAUUGGAAUACCUAGAGUUAAGACAGCGGCUGAAAGACUCUAUCAUACGAAAGAGGAAGCAAAGUGGUUUAGCUUCUUCUCUUGAGAAGAAGCUUCCAUACAACAACUUUGGAUCCUUUUUUGGCCCUUCUCGGCCUGUUAUUUCUAAUAGAGUUAUCCAAGAAAGCAAGUCAUUAUUGGAAAACCAGAAUUUAGUAUCACGGAUGUUGAGUUCCAAUCAGUCUAGUAAAAAGAACCCUGCUUCAAAAAGUGCUGCACCAAAACAAGCCCAACAUGGCCAAACACUCAAACCUCCAAGUGAGCUCAGAAGGAAAGUGGAGAAACUUAAGGUAGCAAGAGAUUACUCAUUUCUCUCAGAUGAUACAGGGGUUCCAGCUUCUGCAAAAGAUCCUCCACCUCGAAAUGUUUCUGCUCCAAAAUCUGAGGCACGACCAGCUCAAAUGCUGCCAAAAAGCAAACAACCAUUGAACAGCAACAACAAUAGUGGCAGAAAUUUGCAAGGCACCCGCGACGAAAGGAAAUCAGUUCCAUCGAGGGGUCAAUUGCAACCUAAAGCUGGCACCUACAAGUCUUCUUCUGCCAAUAAAUCAAAUGGGAUGCCAAGGGAUUCUAAAAUGCAGCUUGGUUUUAGCAGUGGUAUGGGGCCUGGCCGACCUGGUGUUAGCAAUGGUAUGGGAUCAAGCCGGCCUGUUGGUGCUAGCAAUGGUACUGGGCCUGGGCGGCCUGUUAGCAAUGGCAUCGGGCGUGGUCAUCCUGCUGCUGCUAGUAACGGUACUGGGUAUGUUUGGCCUGCUGGUGCUAGUAACGGUACUGGGUCUAGCCGACCAGCUGGCCCUAAAGCUGUGCCUUCCAAGAUGCCUAUUGCAAAGAUGGAGAAAAAGAUUUCUGCACCAACUUCUAGGAAUCUACCCCCCGGUGCGCACAAAACACAUCCUUCAAAAGUGAAUUUGUCUGAUUCAAGACAGCACUUAGAACAGAAACGGGGAUCACAAGAACAUAGCAAGGAUAAAAUGAUGCCCCAAAGGCCUCCAGUAUCAUCACAGCCACAGGCAAACAAGUCAGUGAAGCAAGUCUCAUCACAUUCUCAGAUGAAGUCAAAUGUACAGAGACCGAAGAAAAAGCAAUUAAGUGAAGAUGAAAAGGCUUUAAUGAUGAUCAGAAAUAUGUUCCGCACCGAUAGAUAUCCAGUUUGUGACGAUGAUGAUGUUAGUGACAUGGAGGCAAACUGGGACGAGAUAAGGAAAGAGGAAAGAAGAAGUGCUAAAAUUGCAAGGCAGGAGGAUGAAGAACAAUUGAGGCUGAUAGAGGAAGAAGAGCGGCAGGAGCGGAUGAGGCGGAUGGCCAAAAAGCGCAAGCUGAGCCAACACUGAAUGAUGGAAGUUCAAAAAUUCCUUUUUAUUUUAUU